AUUUUAACACACAACAAAAAUCUCCCAACUUUCUCUAUUUUUGCUCCAAAUUCAACAAUUUCUCUCUCCCGUUUAAAUCCAAAUACCUAUGGAAAUCGAACCCUACAGAAACAUUCACUAGAAGGGUUCCUUUUUGUCUCCGUGUUGUAUUUGGUGUUUGGUCUGGAAAUAUUAGAGAGAGAGAGAGAGAGAGAGAGAAUUGAUUGUAGAUUUAGCUUGAUUUGGUUUCUUGAAUUUGGAGAGCUGAGGGUGUAGUCUCUCUUAUACGUUUUGUUUGUUUUUGGAUAAAGAUUUUGAAGCCAUGGAGGCUUAUAAAAGAUGGGUUAGGACCAAUAAAGACUAUGUUCACUCCCUCGAAUCUCUUGCCAAUGGAUUGACAUGGCUUCUUCCUGAGCGGUUUUCUGCUUCAGAGAUAGGACCAGAAGCAGGUUUUGUGAAACUUUGUAACUGCUAUAUUGGGCGUAAUUACUGCUAUCAACGAGCAUAUAAUCGAUACUUCUCCAGUCCAGAUGCAUGCAGGCUCUCUAGAGCCUCAUUCAUUCCCUUACUCGUUAUGCAUAUCUGCCAUAAAGGACUUGGAAACACUUGUUGAAGUUGCAGCUGAACAUUAUUACGGUGAAGAGAAGAAAUGGAAUUUCAUAGCUAUUACGGAAGCGAUAAAGGUAGUGGUUAGGCUAGCUUUGUUUCGUAACAAUGGAUAUAAGAUGCUUCUGCAUGGAGGGGAGACGCCAAAUACUGAACAGCAUUCAAAUUUAUCUUCUCAGCAUACAACUGGGAGUUCCUCAAAGCCUGGGAGUCAUCAGGGGCCUGGGAAUUUGCAAUAUAUUAAUGGAUGGAACCCAUGGAAUCUGGAAGGAAGGGCAUUGGCAGCAUUAAAUAGAUUUGGAGAAAAUGCUAGGAUGGUAUCUGACCCAGUGUGGUUGGGUAGGGCUCGGCAUCAGCAUGCAAUCAUGGAGCCUAUAUCUCCAUUGACCAGGAGAAGAACACUUUCCUCAAUAUUGUCUGAGAGAGGUUUUCACGGGGCAUUAUUUGUCAUGGGAGAGGUGCUUUUUAUCACAAGACCCCUUAUUUAUGUCUUGUUUAUCAGAAAAUAUGGAAUUCGGUCUUGGAUCCCUUGGUUUCUUUCUCUGGCUGUGGACUUUAUUGGAAUUGGCUUACUUACACAAGUUACUAAGUCAAGGCAUGAUGGAAAAGGGCAACAGUUGAGUCUUACGGACUCUGAAAAGGAUGAGUUGAAAAGAAGAAAAUUAUUGUGGGCACUUUACCUGAUGAGAGAUCCAUUCUUUAACAAGUAUACCAGGCAAAGACUGGAAAGCACUGAAAAGGUACUGGAACCAGUUCCCAUAAUUGGACUUAUAACAGCAAAAAUUGUUGAGCUUGUGACUGGAGCUCAGACACGUUACACUUACAUGUCAGGAUCAUGAGAGGGCUCUUCAAGAAGAUGAUCUUCUGAUAUAUCUGCAACUUUUUAGGUGAAGUGUUACCACCAAAAUAGGAAUUUAUUAUAGUUUUGGCAUGUUAGUAUUCUUUACUUCGGAUGCGGUUACAAAUGGCAAUAUAUGAUCCCAAGGUUGCCAUAAUCCACCAUCGUAGUAAGUUCUGAUAUUCAACAAAAUUGUGUUCGUUAUAAAUAGCUACAGAUGUUUUAAAUUGGAGAAUGCAGUGUGCAUAAGAACAUGGUUUUGCUGUAUACUUGAGGAGAAUGCUGGGGCGCUCUUAUUGAGAUCAGAAUAUACGAAUACAUGAACUUCUUACCAACGCCUAAGUUGAACUGGUGAAGAAAGUUUUAGAUUAUUUUAAAAAAUGUAAUUUAGUAACCCCCCAAAAGAUUUUUAUUUAUAAUUAUAUUAUGCCUAUUAAAGUUUAAUUAAAUUGCAGUCGUGUCUUUUUGAUUAUUUAAUUUCAAUUCUUAAAUGUUGUCAGUCACUAUAUUGUCUUUUCUUUAUUUAUUGCCUCUUUAAUACUUUUAUUUUAGCUCCAUCUACUCUAAAAGAACUAACCCGUCGAAAUUACUUCUAGUUCCGCCCACCGCAAAUAGCAAUUGUUCAGUAGAAUAAACUGGAAAAUUUCAUAUUCAGGUAAAUAAACAGAAUUAUCUCUUUACACAAUGUAAUUAUUUUUCUGGCUUGGAUCAAACCAAAUUUAGAGGAUGGAUUGCCCUUGGGGAUUCUUGUUUCAUGUGAAAGUUUCUGCAUAAGAAACUUCUAGAAGCAGAUUAGUAUACGUGCGAUCAUAGCAAGUCUUUUCACAAUCCACAGACAGUAGCUCUACCCUAUAAAUGUGAGGGGAAAGAAAGUUUGCACUUUUUUGAGCCAUUUUGGACCCUAAUUGUAAAUUAAAUUUCUAAGCUUUAGCGGUUUUUUUUAAGUAUUUAACACAAUUUUUAAAUUUAAGAAAAAAACAGAAAAACAGAGCUAAAGAUUAAACAAAAUAUUAAAAGAAAAAAACAGCCAAUAAAAGCAGGUAAACAAAAAGCAAAAAGAACACAAAAGUAUCGGCCAAAAUCCAAAAACAGAGCAUAACACUUUGGAAACAAAAAAUAUGGAGUUCAAUUAGAUCAACUACGAAAUCCAAUAAAAUAUACCAAUGAUUCAAGAUUUCGCUCUACUAAUAGAAAAAUUAAAGAAACAUUAGCAAAAAAAAAAAAAAAAAA